CCCCUCUUCCCCGGCGCCUCUCUCCCUCUCCUUCAUACCUCACACCCAAAACCAAAUUUCCACACACUACACGCACUAACUCUGUUCAAAUUCUAAGUGAAAAAAUGGGAUUUCCGGUUGGAUACACUGACCUCUUUCUUCCCAAAUUACUAGUCUACCUGUUGACAGUUCUGGGAUUCAUCCGGAAAUUCGUAUACGCUUUCUUCUCAUCAUUGGGGCUCGGCGAUUUCCUAGAGCCCGGAACGGCGUCUUACCCGGUCAGGAACGAUUCCGGGUCCGAGCCCCGAUCUGUGUCCGCCGUGCUCAUCCGCGAGCUGCUGCCGGUGGUUAAGUUCUCGGAUUUGGCGCAGCAGGUGGAGCCGCCGGAGAACUGCGCGGUAUGCUUGUACGAAUUUAGCGGCGAGGAUGAGAUCCGACGGCUGACGAACUGCAGACACAUAUUCCACAGGACCUGCGUGGACCGUUGGAUGGACCACGAUCAGAAAACGUGCCCCCUCUGCCGCACGCAGUUCAUUCCCGAGGAUAUGCAGGAGGCCUUCAACGAGCGGCUGUGGGUGGCGUCAGGGAUCUCCGAUCUCUACGGCGAGUACUCGCCGAUUACCACGGGUUUGUAGAAAUUUAUGUAGAUUCUCAGGGUUUUUGUUCCGUCCAUCGUUUUCCCCUUUUGCCGGAGAAGGAGAGGGUUUUGUAAGUUGGUAAUGUGAAAUGUAAAUACUGCCCCCCAAAAAAAUGAAAAUUAUAAACUAUGGAAAUUUCCCAAGGAAAUAAAUAAAUGUAUAGGAGUUUUUGAUGAUGAGUUCUCCACUUUGUUUAGAUAGAUAGAAUCAAUUGUACGAUAAGUGUAAUAUAAAAAAUUAAAGUGAUUAAUUAAUGAUGUAAUAAA